AUGUACAAUAAUAAACUUUACCUGAGCUCCCUUUUGGCCCUGCAGGCUUGCACCAGGGUCAUGGGCGCCUCGGCUACAUCGGGCGUCCUGGAAGUCGACUUGGUCUUCCCGCGCAAUGAAACCUAUGCGCCCUCCCCAGACAUGCCCGUUGUGUUUGCCAUCCAGAACCCGCAUCUCGCUGCACCUCUCAACAUGAGGGUCACUUAUUUGAUCACGCCUCCUGGGAUCUACGAGAACACGACCGAGACAACUCUGUUCAAUAUGAACUCGACCAGCUCCUCCGACCUCGAUUCUCACUUCGUCUACAACAAAACCGACGUCGACACCGAGGACGUGUGGGAACUCACCUGGUUCGUCGAGUAUGGACGUUGCACCGGGUCCAAGGGAGACAUGAUGUACUACAACAGCAACUUCACAAUCGAUAGUAUCAUCUUCACUACCAAGAGCGGCGCUGCGAAGCCGGAUCUUGUUGCCGUUAGCAACGAUGAUACCUGUCCCAAGGGUAUUGCUGCCUGGAACGUUACCAGCACCUUGGAGGUGGAAGGCACCAAUUGGGGUGGCUAUGACACCUGCGCGGUCGUUUCAGAGAAAUUCCCGUGGGCUAAAGGACAGCCAUGUGCAGCCGGGUUUGACUCCGCUGCUGCUUCAAAUAUCUCAGCUGCCUUGAAGGGCACGGGAUGUGCUGCCUCGGGCUGCUCUGAGGACGGGAAGAAUUCGACCAACGAUCAAGACUCCAAGGACUCUGAGGAUUCUGCGGACGACAAGGACUCUGCGGAUAAGAGCGCAGCGGGCGCCUUGAACCUGCCAGGAGCUGCGUUGCUGACAACGAUUGUUGCUGGACUCGCAUACAUUCUCGCAUGA